AAUUUAAACAAAAACACAUGUCGUCGUCUUCUUCAACUCAGCCAGCAGAGCUCCAUUUCUCAGCUCCAAUGGAUCUGUAACACUUAACUAAAUUUUCUCCUCUCUUUCGUACUGUUACAUGGAGUUCUCUUCAUCUCCCCCGUUGAAUUUCCCGAUCAUACAAUGAUGCAACUAUCAGCGGCGUUGCGUUCAGCUCACUCAGUUUCCAUCUUCUUCAUCAAAUCCAUCACUUCUUCUUCUUCUUCUUCUUCUUCUUCUUCUUCCUCCAUUAACCACCAGCUCUUCUCCAUCCUUUCAAACCCAAAUUGGCGAAAACACCCUUCUCUCAACACUCUUAUUCCUUCGUUAUCCCCUUCUCAUUUGUCUUCUUUCCUUUCGCAAAACCCAAAUCUCAACCCCCACAUUGUAAUCUCCUUCUUCGAUUAUUUAUCUACCCGAAAUACCCCUUUAUUCAAACCCAAUCCUCAAUCUUACGCACCCCUUUUACGCAUUUUGAUUUCCAAUAACCUCUUCCGGGUCGCUGAAAAAACCCGACUUUCCAUGAUUAAAUCUUGCGAAACCCGGGAUGAUGCUGUUUUCGUGAUGGGUUUUGUUCGGGAGAUGAGGUGCAGGUUUAAAGUUGAUGUUUGGGGUUAUAACAAGUUGCUGAUGUGUUUAUCGAGGUUUGUUAUGAUUGAUGAUAUGAAAUGUGUGUAUGAUGAGAUGUUGAGUGAUAUGAUUAAGCCUGAUAUUUAUACUUUUAAUACAAUGAUUAAUGCUUAUUGUAAAUUGGGUAAUGUUGUUGAAGCUGAGUUUUAUUUGAGUAAGAUUUCGCAAGCUGGUUUGAAUCCGGAUACUCAUACGUAUACGUCGUUUGUAUUGGGGCAUUGUAGGAGAAAGGAUGUGGAUAGUGCUUUUAAGGUGUUUAUGGAAAUGUCUAAGAAGGGUUGUCUAAGGAAUGUGGUUUCGUACAACAAUUUGAUUCACGGGUUGUGUGAAGGGGGGAGGAUUGAUGAGGCGAUGGAGUUGUUUUUGGGAAUGGGAGAUGAUGGUUGUCGUCCGAAUGUUAGGAGCUAUACGAUUCUGAUUGAUGCGUUGUGUGGAUUGGAUAGGAGGGAAGAAGCGUUGUGUUUGUUUGAUGAGAUGAAGGAGAAGGGCUGUGAGCCGAAUGUUCAUACUUAUACUGUGCUCAUUGAUGGCUUGUGUAAAGACUUUAAGCUUGACGAAGCGAGAGGGUUGCUGAAUGUGAUGUCGGAAAAGAAACUAGUUCCGAAUGUGGUGACAUACAAUGCUUUGAUUGAUGGAUACUGUAAGCAAGGUUUGGUUGAUUUCGCGCUAGAUGUUUUUGACGUGAUGGAAUCCAAUAAUUGUAUACCAAAUGUGCGUACAUACAAUGAAUUGAUUUCUGGCUUUUGUAUGAUAAAGAAGGUGCAUAAGGCAAUGGCACUACUUGAUAAGAUGCUUGAGCGCAAAAUGUCUCCUAGUGAUGUCACUUUUAACUUGUUAAUUCAUGGACAGUGUAAAGAGGGUGAAAUAGGUAGUGCAUUUAGGUUGCUUAAAUUGAUGGAAGAGAACGAUUUGGCUCCUGAUGAGUGGACUUAUUGUACUCUGGUUGAUGGCUUGUGUAAAAGAGGCAGAGUUGAAGAAGCUUCCACCAUUUUUAGUUCUAUGAAAGAGAAGGGUAUAAAGGUUAAUGUUGCGAUGUACACUGCUCUCAUAGACGGAUAUUGCAAAGCUGAAAAAGCUGAUGUUGCUUUGACAUUGUUUAAGAAAAUGAUUGAGGAAGGCUGCUCUCCAAAUGCAUGCACUUAUAAUGUGCUAAUUAAAGGGUUGUGUAAGCAGGGUAAGCAGCUGGAAGGAGACCGAUUACUUGAAAUGAUGCCAGGAAGUGGUGUUAAACCCACAAUUGAAUCCUACAGUAUCUUGAUUGAGCAACUACUAAAAGAAUCUGCCUUUGGCCAAGCUUAUAAGGUUUUUCAUUUAAUGGUUUCCAUGGGACACAAACCUGAUGUAUGCAUUUACACUUCGUUUCUGGUUGCAUAUUACAAUGAAGAGAAAUUGAAAGAAGCAGAGGAUGUAAUGGAUAAGAUGGCAGAGACAGGAGUUAUGCCAGAUGUGAUGGCCUAUACAGUAAUGAUUGAUGGCUAUGGUCGUGCAGGAUUAUUGAAUCGGGCCUUUGAUGUGCUAAAAUUUAUGGUCGAUGCUGGUCAUGAACCUUCUCAGUACACUUAUUCUAUUUUAAUCAAACAUUUGUCACAAGGAGGAGUUGAUCUCAAAACUGAGGCCAGUUCCAUUAAUAUUGCUGACGUGUGGAAAGUGGUGAAAUAUGAAACUUUGCUUGAACUCUUUGAUAAAAUGGUGGAACAUCGCUGUCCUCUAAACACAAACAUUUUUAGUUCGCUUACUACUGGACUCUGUAGAGAAGGACGCCUUGAGGAAGCUUUGAGGUUACUUGAUCAUAUGCAGAGUUGUGGAAUAUCUCCUGGUGAAGAUAUAUAUACCUCAAUGGUAAAUUGUUGUUGCAAGUUGAAAAUGUAUGAGGAUGCAGCAAGGUUUCUUGACACUAUGCUUUCACAAGGUUUUUUACCACACUUAGAGUCAUACAAGCUCCUUGUGUGUGGGUUGUAUGAUGACGGAAACAAUGAGAAAGCUAAGACGACCUUCUUCAGGCUUCUUGGUUGCGGGUACAAUAAUGAUGAAGUAGCUUGGAAACUUCUAAUUGAUGGCUUACUUGAGAGAGGACUUGUAGAUAGAUGUUUGGAGUUGUUAGAUAUCAUGGAGAAAAAUCGUUUUCGGCUCAGUGCUCAUACAUAUUCAUUGCUGCUAGAGGGACUUGAUAGAACUGACAAUAAAUAAAGCUAUUCAGUUAAUGGGGAAUUUUCCUUUCAAGAAAUCACUUCAGAGUCAUCACAUAGUAAAUGUAGCUACUCCUGAGAGGCACUAGUCCAUGCAAGUGAGAUAUACAACCAUUAUGCAUGGGUAGGCAUCUCCUGGUAAUAUUGGAAUAACUUGUGAAUAUUUUGCAAAAGUGAAAAAUGAGGAUUUGGAGCUUGACACGUAUAAAUAUGACGCGUUACUCAAGGCAUGUUGCAAAGACAGGACGCGAAGUGCUUUGGCCAUGACAAAAGAAAUGAGUGCUAAAUAGGAAUACUUUCGUAUAUAGCAUAUUAAUUGACAGUUGGGCUCACAGAGAUGAUGUUUGAGAGGUUGCUGACCUGAUGCAACAGAUGGGACACGGAGCUCUACCCAUACAUGUUGUUCAUAAAUGCUUGUUGUAAAGCUGAGACAUGCAAAUAUGUACAUGAAUUUGCGAGUAUGUGAUACCCCUAUAUUUGAAUGCAGAAGGGGUGUGAUUCCUCUAUUUUAUUAUGAAUUUGCAAGAGUAUGAUUCCCUUCAUUUUUAAUGUGAAAGGGGUGUGAUUCCU